AUGACGCCAAUUCGUUUUGCUUCCACUUCCCCUUCACUCAUGGCUGAAAAAGUUGUUAUUUGCGGGGCUGGAUUCAUUGGUAAACAGAUUGCUCGAACAUUGACAAGGAGUCAGAAGCUCAAUUUUUGUGUGCAGCUGUCAUCCCGUCACCCCCAGAAGUCCUACGAUCAAUUAAAGGAAUCUAUUCCGUGCGGCACGCUGCUCUCGCCUGUCUCUGUCGAUGUGCGAGAUAUGUCCUCUCUUGCAGCUGCUUUCGAAAAAUCCAGUCUGGUUAUCUCCCUCAUCGGUAUCAUGCAUGGCUCUCCUAAAGACUUUGAGGACAUACAGUGGAGGGGAGCUUCGAACGUUGCAAAAGCCGCUCAGUCUGUCGGAGCCAAAUUGGUACAUUUUAGCAGCAUCGGCGCAGAUCCUUCGAGUAGCAUUCCAUACACGAGGACUAAAGGACUCGGCGAGAUUUCUGUCUUAGAGCAUUGCCCAAGUGCAACUGUCAUUCGGCCAAGUCUCGUAUUCGGUCCAGAGGAUGAUUUCUUCAAUCGAUUCUCGCGUUUAUCCCAGCUGCUGCCAUUUUUGCCCGUUUUCGGUGGUGGCACCAGCAGGUUCCAGCCUGUUUACGUCGAAGACUUGGCGCGCGCUGUCGAGAUUAUUGCGACUGCCGACACUCAAGUGAAAAAAGAGGUGUACGGUAAAAUAAUUGAGGCCGGAGGGCCCGAUGUUUUUACUUACCGAGAACUCAUGAGCCUCGUCCUCAAGUAUAAUGGCCGACAUCGUCCUAUAGUCUCUCUGCCUUUCUUUGUUGGACAAGUCCAAGGUUUUUUCUUGGAGAAAUUGCCCUUCAAUAUGUUCACAGUCACUCGCGCACAGAUUGAACAGCUCAAAUCCGACAACGUCGUCCAAGAUGUGGAAGGUUCUUUGAAUUUCGUUUCCUUCGAAAAGCUGUUAAGAACGUACUGCGAACCUCCACGAUCCGUCCAUGACGUCUUGCCUGGCUAUCUUCGAUGACGCAAGAUCUAUUAUUGGUUUCUGGACAAUUUGAAACGAUCAUGUUGUAUUUUCAGAAUUUAUUUCAAUUUGCGCCCCCGCACUUCCAUCGAC